AUGAUGAACCGUAAACAACCAUAUGUGGCAUGUUUCAUGCUAAAAAACCCUGAAAAGGAUACUGAUGUCAUUCAUUCCAAGGACGAGGUUUACGACAUAGGUGUUUUUGCACAAAUUACCAAGAUUAUGACCACCAAAGACGAAAAGACGGAUAAGGAAACAAUGACUGUUUUGGUUUACCCACAUAGAAGAGUUAAACUAGAUGAUUUAAUACCACCAUCAAAUGUCCCAAAGAGUAAUGUUGCUGAGAAAGUUGCCGAACAGCCUAAAAUUAGUAAAAAUGACGAGCCAGAGGGCCCUUCAAAGGAAGACGAACACAUUGAUGAUGAAUCUGAACCAACAGCUUUUCUAAAAAACUUUGAUGUAACUUUGGUUAAUGUUUCUGACGUUAAAGAUCAGGAAUAUGAUCACAAGUCACCAGUUAUUAAUGCUUUAACGUCAGAAAUUUUAAAGGUUUUCAAAGAAAUUUCUCAACUAAAUACCAUGUUUAGAGAUCAAAUUGCCGCAUUUUCAGUUUCUAUUCAAUCUGCAACAACUAAUAUCUUUGAGGAGCCCGCUAAAUUGGCUGAUUUUGCUGCUGCUGUUUCUGCUGGAGAAGAACAAGAGCUACAAGAUAUUUUGCAAUCUUUCAACGUUGAACAGCGUUUGGAAAAAUCCUUGAUGGUUUUGAAAAAAGAAUUAAUGAAUGCUGAAUUGCAGAACAAGAUUUCUAAAGAUGUUGAGACCAAAAUUCAAAAAAGACAAAGGGAAUAUUAUUUGAUGGAGCAGUUAAAGGGAAUCAAGGCAGAAUUGGGUAUUGAUGAUGGUCGUGACAAGUUAAUUCAAGCCUUUAAAGAUAAAGCUUCCAAAUUGAAAAUGCCAGAGAAUGUAGCUAAAGUUUUCAAUGAUGAGGUUAAUAAAUUAAACACUUUGGAAACUUCUAUGUCUGAAUUUGGUGUCGUUAGAAACUAUUUGGAUUGGAUCACCUCAUUACCAUGGGGUCUAACUUCAAAGGAACAAUACAAUAUUUCUAGAGCAAAGGGAAUUUUGGACAAAGACCAUUACGGUAUGAAGGAUGUGAAGGAUCGUAUUUUGGAAUUUAUUGCGGUUAGUAAACUACUAGGUAAAGUCAGCGGCAAAAUCAUUUGUUUUGUUGGUCCCCCUGGUGUUGGUAAGACCUCUAUUGGAAAAUCUAUUGCCCAUUCCUUAAACCGUCAAUUCGCUAGGUUUUCUGUCGGCGGUAUGACUGACGUUGCCGAAAUCAAAGGUCAUAGAAGGACAUAUAUCGGGGCUUUGCCGGGUAGAAUCAUUCAAUCUUUGAAAAAGUGCCAAACGCAAAAUCCAUUGAUUUUGAUUGAUGAAAUUGACAAGAUUGGACAUGGCGGUAUUCAUGGCGAUCCAUCGGCCGCUUUGUUAGAAUUACUAGAUCCUGAGCAAAACAACGCAUUUCUGGAUAAUUAUUUAGAUAUUCCAAUUGAUUUGUCCAAAAUUUUAUUUGUGUGUACUGCAAACACUCUGGACACCAUACCAAGACCCUUGUUAGAUCGUAUGGAAGUUAUUGAAGUUUCUGGGUAUGUUGCCGAUGAAAAACUAAGGAUUGUUAAGGAUUAUUUGAUCCCCAUGGCUAAGAAAUCCAAUGGUUUAGGAAAUGCUAAUGUCACCCUAACAGACGAUGCUAUCAUGGCCUUGAUCAAGUAUUAUUGCAGGGAAAGCGGGGUUAGAAACUUGAAAAAACACGUUGAAAAAAUUUAUCGUAAAGUUGCGUUGAAUAUUGUCAGCGACCUGGGUUUGGAAGACGUUCCUCUGAAAGAGGAAGUAUCUGAUGUUGUCGAUACCAUUGCUACUUCUACAAAAGAAGAAAAGCAAGGAAAAGUUGUAAAAGAGGAGAUAGUCAAGGAAACUGCAACCGAAAGUGAAGUCGAAGUUGUUGCAAAGAUAGACGAAAAAAUAAAACCAUUAGAAAUACCAGAUUCUGUUAAUAUUAUCAUCAAAGAGUCUAAUUUGAAAGAUUAUGUUGGUCCCUCAGUUUUCACUACCGAUAGACUAUACGAAACCACUCCUCCGGGUGUUGUUAUGGGCUUGGCUUGGACCAGUAUGGGCGGUUGUUCUUUAUAUAUCGAGUCUGUUUUGGAACAGCCAUUAUCACAUACCAAACAUGCAUCAUUUGAACGUACUGGUCAUUUGGGUGAUGUUAUGAAGGAAUCUUCUCGUUUGGCAUAUUCGUUUACCAAAAUGUAUCUAUCUAAGAAAUUCCCAGACAAUAGGUUUUUCGAAAGAGCCUCAAUUCAUUUGCAUUGUCCAGAAGGUGCUGUCCCAAAAGAUGGUCCCUCUGCUGGUGUUACCAUGGCUACCUCCUUUAUUUCCUUGGCUUUAAAUAAAUGUGUUGACCCAACAGUUGCUAUGACUGGUGAAUUAACUUUGACCGGUAAAGUGCUACGUAUUGGAGGGUUGAAGGAAAAGGCUAUUGCUGCUAAGAGAUCUGGUGCAAAGACUAUCAUUUUCCCUAAGGAUAAUUUAAGUGACUGGGAGGAUUUGCCAGAAACUGUGAAGGAAGGAUUGGAACCAUUGGCUGCUGACUGGUAUGAUCAAAUUUAUGAAAGAUUGUUUUCAGACAUUACUACAACAGAAGGUAAUAAAGUGUGGGAAAGUGAGUUUAAGAAGAUUGAGGAAAAAGAAAAAGAAAAAGAAUCAAAACAUAAGAAGUUAUGA